GCCCAAUUUGCAAUGGUUCGGAUCGAUUUGGAACCUUGAUACACUUAAUACACAACCAUCGUGAUAGCAUUAUGGAUUAUACAAGCGCAGUUGUUAUGAACCAGGAAAAAGAUAAUCAAGGCGAUGAGCUCGAAGAUGAAGAUUAUCGUUUAAAGCACAUUUAG